GGUGUUUUCUACAAUGCCUCGAGCUGUCUCUGAUACCUGCUGUGAGCUGAGUGUGAAGACCUGCCCCCAGGAAGUGGGCGAUACUACCGUACCUUCGAUUCCCAACCUUGGUGGAACCCUGUAUGCAACAGUAACUCCCCAGCGUCUACACUCCCCUCUGUACCCUGUGUACUAUUUGGCAGAGGCUACCAUGGCGUGGACCAUCAUAGCAACUAGCAGAAGAGUUGUCUCCCUUGAGUUUCUGGAUAUUGACCUAGCCGAAGGCGACACUGUGGCAGUACUGGAUGGCGAUGGUCCUUCAUCUCCCACUGUCGCCAUCGUUACACAGGGUUCCCAGCACAGCACACUUAUCUCCACUGGGACCUCAUUUUAUGUUCUGUUCAAGACGUCAGAGAUAAGCACAACCAAGAGAGGAUUCCUUUUGUCGUAUCAGUCAGGUUGUGACUUGGAAAUCUCCGCGACCUCUGGCACGAUAUCCUCUCCAGGAUACUCAACCGGACAAUAUCCAAGCAUCCUUAGUUGUUCCUGGCUUCUGAAAGUCUCCACACCCCUCAGACUCACCUUCAAAUCUAACUUCGGAAUAGAGAAUGGAAAGGAUUUUUUACGGGUGUAUAAAGCAAAUGAUGUGUCUGGAACCCCAGUGCAUUCUGGGUCAGGGUUCACAGGGUCAGUGUCACCAGGUCAGAUUGACACAGAAGAUGGUAGUCUGUACGUCGAUCUGUACACCAGUGCUACAGGGACGGAUGUAGGAUUCACAGCUGAUUUCACUGCAGGAUGUCCACUGAUCAUAGACUCAACACUUGAAAUUCAGCCACCAAAUUACCCACGUUACCAUGGAGAUAAGAUAACUGUUUUCUGUAAGGUGGGAUACAUCUUUUCGACGGAUGAGUUGUCAGCUCGGAACAGCAUACUGCUGACAUGUUCUGAGGGGAAGUGGAGUAUGGACCCACUCCCAACAUGCUCACGGGUGUUCUGUGGUUCACCUCCCAGUAUCAACAACGGUGCCCUGGUGAUCGUGACAGGCUUGUAUGGCGGCGACACUGCAACGUACACCUGCAACACCGGCUACUCCACCACACAGCAGCAGACCAUCACCUGUCUCAGUAAUGGACAAUGGGCAACACCACCAACAUGUUCAGCUCCGACUUGUGCUCCUCUACCUACAAUUUUGAAUGGGAACUUUGUUACGCUGAAGGGCAAUGGCUUUGACCACGGCUCUGUGGUUCGGUACAACUGUAUUGUUGGGUACGACAUCAUCGGAGUGGAUACCCUCACCUGCACACAAGGGGUAUGGUCAGGACAAAGACCUCUCUGUGCAAAGGUCAAGUGCGGCCUUCCUUUCAUCGAACAUGCUUCCUUGUCCCCGAGUUCAGGGGUCAAUGUCAACGAAGAUGUGACAGUUUCCUGUGAUUCUGAAUACCGGUUGUCAGGACAACAAACGUUCAAGUGCGGAAUUGACACGCCACCAAAGUGUAUCAACAUUGAUGAGUGUACCGAGGGGACCUCUGGAUGUUCUCAAGUAUGCACAGACAAGGAUGGUGGGUUCACGUGUUCAUGUAAUGAAGGCUAUCGGUCAAUCAGCGUUGGGUCUGCUGUCUGUGAGGAUAUAAACGAGUGCAAUUACAGCAAUGGUGGCUGUACAAACACAUGUGAGAACUUCCCCGGGGGCUAUCGCUGUACCUGCCCCACGGGCUACCAGCUGUACACCUACAAUGGACUGGGGGGGAUCUUGAUCCCCAUCGGAGAGACUGGAGACAAACCCUGGAACUUGUACCAUAUCAACCACACCUGUAUCAAACAGACAUGCCCUGCUCCAGCAUUGACAAUCACCAAUGGUAAAGUGACGACCAAACAGACAUCCUUCAGUUUCGGGGACCAGGUCACCUACAUCUGUGACAUUGGCUACAUCCUCCAGGGGCAGGGAACUCUGCAGUGUUUCAGCGGCAACACGUGGAGUGCUCCUGCUCCAGUAUGUGUUGAGGCAACCUGUCCCCAGCUGAUCAUUCCCCAGGGUUCAGCCAACACUCCAACAGUUUCUCCCCAAAGUAGCAUUUCGUAUCUUUCCUACUUCACGCUCACCUGUUCCUUGUCCGGAGGUGGCUCGACAACAGAGGAGCGGCCAUGUUACUACAACAAGCAGUCCAACACCUACCAGGUGUCCUCCACCUCCCUCACAUGUCAGAGAGCCGAAUGCGGUAAGCCCCCUCUCAUUUCGGGGUCGACCUCUUAUACCACUUCCUGCACCAAGACUGGCUGCCAGUUUCUGUUUGAGUGCAAGUCUCCACUGUUCACCCGUGAAGGUACCAGCUCCUCAAACGAUUUCUAUGUGCGAUGUGGCUCUGAUGGACAAUGGGACUUCAACAACCUUCGAUGUUCAGGCCCAACGUGUACGGAUCCUGGCACCCCACCUGGUGCACAGCAGGUGGCGACGUCAUACGAAGAAUACAGCUUGGUGUAUUACCGCUGUGAUCGAGAGCUUGCAGGCUUCUUACCCACCAACCCGUACCCCCUUGAAUGUGUCUACAACUAUCAAAAUGGCAGUCUACAGUGGAAUGCAACUAUGCCUACCUGCACAGAUCAGGAGCGACCUUUCUUUUACAACUGCCCGUCCAGCGAGAGGUCAGUCAGGCGGUUCAACCCUCUGCCCAUUAUUGACCCCAAUCCACAGGAUAACAGUAACCUACUGCUAAGGCGGAGUGUGUCACCAGCCAACUUUCGGGGAAACCAGACUCUCAUUGCUUCUGAUACGCAGGUGCUGUACGGAGCUGAGGACUACGCAGGGAACAUUGGCACAUGUUCCAUCAAUGUCAAGGUCAUUGAUGAGGAACCUCCCAUUCUGACGUGUCGAGACUCCUUCAACUAUCAGCUCCAGGAUGAGUUCGACUCACAGACGUAUGAUGUAACAACCUUUGCUUCGGCCACAGACAACAUGGGCAGGAGCAGCUUGCAGUUUUCCUUCACUCAGUUGUCCCUGGACAAGAACAGCAUCGGCACAAUUCACACCAUCACCGUGACGGCAAGAGAUGAUGCAAACAAUGAAGACACUUGCAUCAUACAGGUCACAGUGACAGGUCCUGUUUGUGUACCAUGGACUGUGAACAUCGAGAAUGGGCAGAAAUCUUGUCUGAACACUGGUGUCGGCAGCCAGUGCACUAUCACCUGCAACUCUGGCUACACGCUUUUCGAGACAAAUGAUGCUGUAUCAACGACGAUCCAGUGUAGCUUCACAACAGGCUGGCCGACUUUGCCCAAAUGUGUCCGCAAGACGAGAACCCCAUACCGCUAUGCCCCGAGCUUCCGCUAUGUGACUGCGACUGUCAUCACCACUGAGUGUGAAAGUUCUUAUCAGAAUGACUUGUCUAACAAGAUUGCAGCUCUCCUGCCAUCCCUCAGUGCCCUGUGUCAGGGCCAGGUGCCCUCUGUGACAGUAUCACUCCCGACCAACUACUCCCCAGUCACCAUCUCCUCCUUCUCUGGUGUGGUAACAGGAACGUUUAACCUGGAGUUUCUUCCCCAUGGGUACUCAGCAAGUCAAUACUCACAGUGUGUCAACACCAUCAAGACCAUCUUCUCUACUAGCAACAACAUCAUCAGCAGCGUGCUGCAGCUUGCACAGGUGGGCAGCUGUGCUGCGUCGUCACGAGGGACGUACAAUGGGGCCGCAGCAGAGGGCAUUGGUUGUUAUGGCGUGGAAGAAAUCCGGAGUUCCGUUAUAGAAUCUGGAAACAUCUGUGUGGCCUGUCCCCCUGGCUUUGUAAUCAGUGGCAGUCAGUGCAGUCAGUGCGGACCUCACUCUUACAGGGAGAUGGCAUCAGUGAAUUGUCUGCCCUGUCCUCCAGCCUCCCUCAACUUCGGUUCAGGACUCAUCAGCCUGGCUGAAUGCUAUCGUGUGUGUCCAACGGGGACGGUCUCUCCAUCUGGAGAGGCACCAUGCAACCAGUGCCCCGUGAACACCUACAGCAUCAACACCACCUACUGCCAGCCAUGCCCCACCGGACAGGUCACACGUGGGUCGGGUCACUCCUCCAACACUGCUUGCAAAAAUCGGUGCCAGCCGGGCACAUACUCCAGCACUGGACUUGCACCGUGUCUCAGCUGCCCCAAAGCCUUCUAUCAGCCCUCAGCGGGGGCAACAACAUGUCUAGAGUGUUCCUCCAUCACAACCACGUCAUCAGUUGGGGCUACAUCGUCGGCACAGUGCAUCACGGCCAUCAGUUCCGUGUGUCCCAGUAACAAAUGCCUCAACGGGGGAACCUGUAGAGUUGUCAACCAUGACUACUUCUGUGACUGUCCACCCGAUUUCACAGGGUCUGCGUGUGUGACGGAACUUAAAGCGUGUGACUCCAGUCCCUGCUACAACAACGGCUUCUGCAUCAACCAGGGAGCCCUUGCCUACACCUGCCACUGUCCAUCAAGUGUGGGAAGCUCAACUAGUCGGUACUCAGGACUCCGAUGUGAGAUUGACAGAAACGAUUGUGCGUUCAACCCCUGCCGCAACAACGGAUCCUGUCAUGACAAGGUCGGGGCGUACACGUGUCUGUGUCCUUCCUUCAGUGAAUACACUGGCAGCAGCUGUUCAGUUCCCCGCCAGCCUUGCACAGACAACCCAUGCCCAGCCAAUGCCCUGUGUACUGCUGCUGGCAACCUGCGACGCAAGUGUGUGUGCAGUCCCGGGUUAACGGGACCAGAUUGUACACAAGAUAUUGAUGAAUGCCUGUCUAAUCCCUGUCUGAGUGGAGGCACGUGCCGCAACGGCAACAACAGCUUCUCCUGCGUGUGCCAGCGGCUACGGUGGCAGGGUGUGCGAAGUCAGGAACAACCUGUGUUUCCCCAACUCCUGUGGCAGCCAGGGCACCUGCAUCGACGACUACAUCUGAAUAACUUGUGUGUGGCGAAGAACCCGUGCUCAAGCUUGCCUUGUAUGAAUGGCGCCACAUGUCAGGCGAGUGGGUCCACCUUCAGCUGCAGUUGUCUGCCAGGCUAUGAGGGCUUCCACUGUCAGCACGAGACAGACGAGUGUGCGUCACAGCCAUGUAAGAACGGCGCCACCUGUGUUGACAGGUACCUGGAUUACACCUGUAUCUGUGAGCCUGGAAAGGCCGACACUGGAGAGUCUAAUUCUACCUACGGCAAAAACUGUGAAGAUUUACUCAAUGACUGCACCCCAUUUCCUUGUGACACUGUGGGGACCAUUCGUUGCAACGAUUUGUUCAAGGACUACCAGUGCACUUGCAGAGAUGGAUACUUUGGCAAGAACUGCUCCGAAACGCUAAUUAAGGGAGAUACCGAUUGUGAGAGUUUCCCAUGUCGCCAUGGCGGCACCUGCACCGACAUUGGCACCAACGCCUACUCCUGCAGCUGUCCCAACGGCUUCACCGGCACGAACUGUGAGACCAGGAUCGACUACUGUGCCAGCAAUUCGUGCAUCAAUGGGGGCACCUGCAUCAACUCAGACACGACUUUCAUUUGCAUCUGCCCGCCUGGCUUCCUUGGGUUGACCUGCAGCGGUGUGUAUGACAUCUGCUCCAUCUCCAGGCCAUGUCUCGGCCCUGGCAGCAGCUGUAACAACAACGGCAACACUGCGACCUGUCAGUGUAGUACAGGUUACGAUGGCGACAACUGUGAGCAGAGGACGUCUCAGUGCAUUGCAAGCUCUUGUGAGAAUGGAGGGACGUGUAACGACAACCUUGGAGCUGCCCGGUGUACUUGUCCUGCAGGUACAAGUGGUGACCGGUGUCAGACCAACACUGAUGACUGUGACAGCGGCCCAUGCCCUGCAGGAUCUGUGUGUGUGGAUGGCAUCAAUGCCUAUACUUGUCAAUGUCAGCCAAACAGGAUCGGGGGCGACCUGCCAGAAAGCUGUGUCAUCAGAUUUUGAUGUUGCGUUCCCCGGGCCAAGCACGUACCUUGUUGACGCCCUGUCAACACCCCAGAGACUUGGGUCUCAGUCUCUCUCGCUGUCUGUGUGGGU